UUACGUCUGACCCAGUGAAAGAGUGUUAAGGCAUUGACCUGGGACACAUUGAGAACCAAGGCCAAGAUUUUGUAGGGCUAUCUAUAUAACUGGUCUUCAACCAUGACUGGGGCUAAGAAAGAGAGUAGAAACAAAGCCAAAACUCAAAAAAGGGCUGGUGUACAAGCUGAAGCAAAAAGGGAGUCUACUGGCCUAGUCAGACCUGUAGUCAAGACCCAGGACAAAGCAACAGCCAAGGCAGGGUCUCAAGCUGAUGCAGCAACGACGACGAUGAAGGCAAGGUCUAAGAACAGGAUUGUUACUGAGAUAAAGGAAAGAGCCCUGGCAGAUUUCAGUCCCAAAGCUGAAGAUGAGGCCACUAGAGUACCUGGGAUGUCUUCUGUGGCUGAGGUUAAUGCUGAGUCCAGGUCCACAUGUAAAGAUAAGGCUGGUAUUGAUACCUGGUUUUGGGCUGAGGAAGAGGCCAAUGUUGGUUCCUGGUUUUGGAAUGGAGAAGAGACUAGUAAUCCUUCUAGUGCUAAGGAUGAAGGUAAAGCUGGUAUAGGUCCCCCAACCUGUGCUGAAAAAUUAGAACCUGUAGCUGGGGCCAGCUGUAAAGCUACGCCAGGGACUGAGGAGGAAGAGGAAGAAAAUGUUAUUGGGAACUGGUUUUGGGAUGGAGAUGAAACCAGUUUUGAUCCUAAUCCUAGACCUGUGAGCAGGAUAGUUAGGCCCCAGCCUGUGGAUGAAAUUAAUGAAAAAAAUAGGCCCAAGGACUGGUCUGAGGUAACUAUCUGGCCCAAAGCUCCUGCUGUAACUCCAGCAGUGUUAGGCUUUAGAUCCCAUGUCCCAUUUGAGACAAAGCCUCCUUCAUAUAUUGUCCUGGCCUCAGCUGAGGAAAAUACCCCUUCUUUGCCUGUGGAAACAACAUGCCCUUCUAGGAGCACUACUUCAAGCUCACAGCCUGUCCCUGAGUACCCAUUUGGUUCUGGCCCUUGCAUCCAGACUAUAGAGGAGAUUAGACGCCAAAUCAGGAUCAGGGAAGUGAAUGGGAUUAAGCCUUUUGCUUGCCCUUGCAAAAUGGAAUGCUACAUGGAUUCUGAGGAAUUUGAAAAACUUGUUAACUUACUUAAGUCAACUACUGAUCCUCUUAUUCAUAAAAUAGCUCAAAUUGCAAUGGGGAUCAUUAAUGUUCAUCCCUUUGCCCAAGAGUUUAUUAAUGAGGUGGGUGUAGUGACGCUUAUUGAAAGCUUGCUCAGUUUUCCUUCUUCUGAAAUAAGAAAGAAGGCCGUAAUUACUCUGAAUCCUCCUUCUGGGGAUGAGAGACAACGCAAGAUUGAAUUACAUGUUAAGCAUAUGUGUAAGGAAACCAUGUCUUUUCCCUUGAACUCACCCGGACAGCAAUCUGGAUUAAAGAUACUAGGGCAACUGACGACUGAUUCUAACCAUCACCACAUUGUUGCUAAUUGCUUUGCAGAGCUUUUCCAUUUGCUAUCCUUGGGAAAUCGUAAAACCAGAAAUCUUGUUUUAAAAGUACUUUUGAAUAUGUCUGAAAAUCCAGCUGCAGCCAGAGAUAUGAUCAAUACAAAGGCCUUAGCAGCAUUAAAACUCAUCUUUAACCAGAAAGAGGCAAAAGCCAAUCUCGUUAGUGCUGUGGCCAUAUUUAUUAACAUAAAGGAGCAUAUCAGAAAGGGUUCAAUUGUAGUUGUCGAUCACGUGAGUUACAAUACACUGAUGGCCAUUUUCCGUGAAGUUAAAGUAAUUAUUGAAAGAAUGUAAAAUGAGCCAGAAAUAAAAGUGAAGGCUUUGAAAAAUCUAAUCGGCUGUGUAUUCCUAAAGAGCCUUACAUAAUGUUUUGAAUGUUACCAGUGUGUGCAUUAUAAAAUCACAUCUUUAACAUGACAUUACUGUGACAGUCUCUAGGUUUGAGCUAGACCAUUUUUGAGAUAUCAAAUGGGUAUUGCAUUGUAAGCUGAAAACAUCACUUGAUUUUAAUCUUGUGUAGAUGGGCAACUUUUUAACAUUUUACUUAAGAUAGUGAACCAGUUCAUCUUAAGUAGGGUAAACUUGUUCAUUAUUAUUUGCUUGAAUCUAUUUCUAAUGGCAAAAAAAAAAGAAAAUGUCAUUGAAAUUUGUAAUUGCAGAAAUAAAGCAUAUGCACACAAAAAGAUAACAGCAUUCACAUAUAUCCAUACAUAUACAGACGAAUUGCUGAAUGUGCUCUCAAUAUGUAAAGGAGGCAGGAGUUGCUGUAGGCUGUUUAAUGUAAGAGGAAUUAGUGUUUUCCCCUUAUUCAGCCUUCAUCAGAUAACUCAUGGUAGGAAUUACAACUGCUGGUGUAAACUGAAGAGAAUGUGUGAAAAUACUAGGUUGUAUGCUUUGAGAUUUUUCAGUAGUUAUGAAACUAAAACAAGAUCGUACUGUAAAUUAUUUGUAACUUUCUCCUCCCUGACUGUAUAUUUUGGGCAUCUUUCCAUAUCAAUAAAUGUGCUUCUAUAACAUA